CCACUCCGGUCGGUGGGCGGUCCCCUAUCGGUCGUCCACCAGUCCGCCCUCCACCACCGUUUUGUAUCUGUUUAUGGUGUCGGCUCUUCACGCGACCGACCUCUUUCCUUGUCCGUCCCGUACUCCCGUCGGUCAAUCAGUCAGUCCGCCCGUCGCCGCCGCUUCAGUGGUCCGAUACGUUCUGCGCGCGACGGUAGGUCGCGGAGUGUUAUUUUCUUGUAGUAGUACACUACUACAGAUUUUUUCCCUUCCAAAGUUCCACCCUAUACAGAUGUCAACGUUUUCCAACCGAUCGUCGUCGACAUUAUUACAAUUAUUAAAUAUUAAAUAGAUAUCGUACCGACACCAUCGAGGAAUUAAUUAAAAACGUAAUUGGUAAAUGUCCAAACUCGUCACUACCAUCACUUGUUGAAUGCUGUAAUUUCAUCCCUUCUCGUACAUCGAUCUGUGGUUACUACGAUGGACUCGAACAACACCAGUAAAAAGUUCAAGGAGCAACUCAUCAAAAAUGUGAAGAAAGAGGUGAAACAAAUAAUGGAAGAAGCAGUAACUAGGAAGUUUGUACACGAAGAAAGUGGCUCAAUUACAUCUCUUUGCGCUGCUGUUGAAGCAUGUCUAUCCCAAGGAUUGAGGCGAAGAGCAUUAGGAUUAUUUAAAACUAGUUCAACAACAGCAUUAUUACAUAAAAUGGCGAAAAAUUUUGAACCUGCCUCCAUAAUUAGUCAGAAGGUUCAAGAAAUGGAAAACAUUGACCCAAAUAAACCAAUAAUUCUAAGACGUGAUUCAAUGGCCUCACCAAGAAUUUGCCCAUCGUGCAUUUUAAAUAGAAGAGGUUCAUUAACUUGGUUAUUAUUUAGCAAUGAAAAAUCUGUAGUAGUUUCUCCUUUUAGAAGAAGCAGUAGUUUAACCCCAGCACGAAUUUGUACAUGCACGUUAAACCGAAGACGUUCAUUGACUUGGUUACUAUUUGGCAAUGAUAAUAGUGAUAGCUGUGCAACUAGAGCUGCAUCUGUGAACAGCACAUUAACUAGUAGUAUAACACUUCCAAAUGUCCAUCCACCACCUUUGACCAAGAAAAAUUCAGCUGGUAGUGGUUUGGGUCCUACAUCUAUUACUCUUCCUAAGUACUUAUGGAUUCGCCUGGCGUUGUUUGAAAAACUUUUAGCUGUGAUAAUUGAUCAUUUGGUUCAAAAUUGCAGCAAAUAUUACGAAAAAGAUUCUUUAGUAGCAGAUCCAGAUUAUGGAAGCAUUUUAAGUUCAUUACUAGUUGGACCGUGUGCUUUAGAUUAUUCUCGUACAAAAUCACAUGAUCAAUUCUGGACAGAUCCGCCUGCCGAUGAAUUAGUUCAAAGACAUCGUAUAUCAAGCGGCUACCAUACGUCUCCACCAUGUCGUACUCCAAUAAAUUAUCGUAGAAAUCUACAUGCAACAAGUAAUGAUGAUAAUCAAAGACAAACUCCUAUAUCUGCUAAAGACUAUGUGGAAUCAUUACAUCAAAAUAAUAGAGUUACUUUAUUAUAUGGAAAAAAUAAUGUUUUAGUUUUACCGAAAGAUGUAACUGAACCUAUGGCAGGUUACUUGUCUUUACAUCAAACUGCUAAUUCAUUGAUUAUAAAAUGGACUCCAAAUCAACUUAUGAAUUGUCAUUCUCCCGGUACUAAUCAAAAUGAUCAUCCUGAAAUUGAUGCAAGUGAUAAAAGCCAGUAUUGGGACUAUGCAAUGAAUGUUAAUGUAGAUGAAAUAGUGUAUGUUCAUUGUCAUCAACAAGGAAAUGACAAUGGUGGAACUAUAGUUUUAGUUGCACAGGAUGGUGUACAACAACCACCCAUACAUUUUCCACAAGGAGGACACUUACUAGCAUUCCUUACUUGUUUAGAAAAUGGUCUAUUACCUCAUGGCCAAUUGGAUCCUCCGUUGUGGCCUCAAAGAGGCAAAGGAAAAGUUUUUCCUAAACUUCGAAGAAAGGGACGAUCUCAAGUACAAGAUAUUUCUAAUGAUUUGUCUAGUAAUACAGAAGAAUCUCGAGAUUAUGUAUUUCAAAUAAUUAGUAAAGCUAGGCAUGAAGAAUUUUUAUCUAGAGGAGAAGAAAUAUUAGAUUCAAAAAUUUGGUCUAUGCCUUCAGCUGCAAAUAAUAUGCUUAACAAAGUAAGAGGUCAUUUGGAGUCAUCGUCAACUAAUUCAUCAACAUCUACAUCCAGUAGCUUGGAUCCUGUAGCUUCUCCAUUAUUAAUAAAUAAUCAAACUACUAGUAAAGAUACUGGUGAUUCUUUGCAAAUCUUAUGCGAAACAAUGAAAAAGCAAAUCAUAUCUAGAGCAUUUUAUGGUUGGCUAGCAUAUUGUCGUCAUUUAACAACUGUGAGAACUCAUUUAUCUGGUCUUGUAAAUACUGUGAUAAUAGAUUCUAGUGAUGCAGAAACAGGAUUGACUAAGGAAAAAUGGUAUUCAUUUAAAAAUGAUUCCAACCUUGUAAAUGACGACACCAAAUUAGAAAUUUUUAGACUAACUUAUUUUGGUGGAGUCCAGCAUGAUAUUCGAAAAGAAGUUUGGCCAUUUUUAUUAGGACAUUAUAAAUUUGGUAGUACAGUUGAGGAACAAAAUGCUGUUGAUUUACAUUGUAAACAAGAGUAUGAAACCACAAUGUCUGAGUGGAUGGCAGUUGAAGCAAUAAUUCGACAAAAAGAUCGUGAAACAAUGGCAGCUAAUUUAGCAAAACUUUCAAGUGAAAGUACAUCUGGUGGAGAUGCACCACCACCAACUCCUAAUACCUCAAAAGUUCUCAGUCAAGAACUUAGUAAUGAUGUAUUUGAAGAUAACAUUAAUUUUUCAUCUGAUGAAGAUAAUCCUCCAGUAGUUGAUGAUACUCAAUUAGAACACAACGUUGAAGUUUGUGACAAUCCCACUAGUCAACCAAAUAUAAAUGAACAUCUUGAAAAUAUACCUAAAGAAAUUGAUUGUGAUAAAAAGUCUUUAUCAUCAGAUGAAGGAUUAGGUAAAGAUGAAGUUACUGAAAAAGACAUGACCAUUAAGAAAAAUACUUCUGAAGAUACAUCAUUAUAUUGUCCUACUUCAGUAAUUGUCACUACAAACAUAAGUCAAGAAAAAUCUAUGGAAAAUUCUAAUGAUGAAAAUGAUAAAAUAGAUAAUAAAGAUAAUAAUAACACUUCUAAAUUAGCAGUAGAUGACAAUGAAGGUGCAGGAGGAUCUAAUCAUGAACAAAGGUCUGCUUGCAUAUCUCCGGCAAGUUCUCAAGGAGGAAUAUAUCCAGUAGAGUUGGUAGAAAAUUUUGGACUUAAUGUGCAUAGAAUUGAUAAAGAUGUUCAACGAUGUGAUAGGAAUUAUCCCUAUUUUACUCUUGAAAAUCUAGAUAAGCUGAGAAAUAUCAUAUGCACAUAUGUUUGGGAUCAUUUAGAAAUGGGAUACAUGCAAGGAAUGUGUGAUCUUGUUGCUCCUCUUUUAGUUAUUUUGGAUGAUGAAACUUUAUCUUAUUCAUGUUUUUGCUUACUGAUGGAAAGAAUGUCAGCCAAUUUCCCACAUAGUGGUGGUGCUAUGGACACACAUUUUGCUAAUAUGAGAUCUCUAGUACAAAUAUUAGAUUCGGAAAUGUUUGAACUUAUGCAUGAAAAUGGAGAUUUCACUCAUUUUUAUUUUUGUUAUCGAUGGUUUUUAUUGGAUUUCAAACGAGAACUAUUAUAUGAUGACGUAUUUACGGUAUGGGAAACUAUAUGGGCUGCUAAAGAGAUGUCUUCUUCACAUUUUGUACUUUUCUUUGCUCUCGCUCUUGUGGAAACAUACCGAGAUAUUAUUUUGGCCAACCAUAUGGAUUUCACGGAUAUCAUCAAAUUUUUUAAUGAAAUGGCAGAACAUCAUGAUGCCAAAACAGUCUUAUCACUUGCAAGAAAUCUAGUAUUACAACUACAAACAUUAAUAGAAAAUAAAUAAAACUGCUGUAUUAUAUAUAUCCCAUGACAUAUGAUUCUGUACCAUUUGGUAUAUAUUUAUAAAUAUAUUGUAUUGUAUUUUUUUUCACAAGUGUCUAGUCUCCAAACUGCAUACUCCCAAAUUAUAUAAAUUGAACAAAAUACAUACCUACAUAUAUUUUUAUAAUUUAACUAGUACAAAAUGGUACCAUACUUUUACAACUCUUUAAAAAUACUUUAUAUUAUGUUUUAUAAGUACAUCACAUACAAUUGUACAACAGAUAAUUUAUUUAUUGUACAUAUAGCAUAUACUUUAUACCUUAUACUUUAUUUUACAUACAUCCUAGUAUAAUACUAGUUAUUAACUCAUACCAGUAGUAUGCCAACAUAGGCAUUUUUAUAAGGCAAUUGAUUCAAGACCAAAGUAGGUGGGUAAAUUCCAAGCAAUGGGUUUAGUCUGAUAAAAAGCUUGUAAUAAUUAUUCUUUAUUAUUAUCCAAUUAAAUGAAAAAAAUGUAAUUAAAAGCUGUGGAUGAAUAGAUGGUCAAAUAGUAGUUUGCCUUGGGUUUAAAAAUUGUUUAGUACUGAUUCGUACCAUAAAACUCCAAGUUUAAUUAUUAACAAUGAAUAAUAAUAUUUUUUGUUUGUUUUAAGUUGUAUGGUUUAAAAUAUAUAAUAUAAUAUUUAGUUUAUUUUCAUGCAUUAAAAAGUUUGGAGGCCUUGUUUUCAAGUUUAUAUAAUAUAAUGUAUUAUAUUAUUUUUGAAUAAUUUGGAUAAUAUACAUAUAUAAUCAAUAGCUAUAACAUAAUAUAAGUAAUAUUCUUACUUCAUUUUCUUUAAAUUAUUGAUACUAUAGUAAUACUUAAGACUGCCUUAACCUUGUAAAAGGUAAAAAUUAUAAAGAGUUCAAUAUAUUCAUUAAAUGUUUUUAUUGGGAUUUUAUUCAAUAUUUUAAUAUUUAUUAAAAUUAAAAUAAAUUGGUAAUUUUAAAGUAUAGUACAGUUUAAAUUUUAAUACCCAUUGUUAACUUACCUAUAUAUUUUGAUUUAAGACUUAAAUAACAUUAAAUUUAUUAAGAUUUGUAAUCUUCUUAAACAUUCUAUAAUAUAAAAUACAGAAUGUUUAAAUUUUCCUAUAGAUAGCCAUAGCCUAGAUCAGAGGUAUUCAAACUUUUUCAUCCCAAGGCUCCUUUGAGUCUUCACAAAAUAUUGACGGCUCCCAAAUUAAAAAUGACAAAAAAAUCAAUAUUAGUAUGAAUGUAAUUUAUAUUUUAUAAUUUAUACCAAUUAUUUAUUACUCUCAACUAGUACUGCCACACACAACAUACGCACUGAUAAUUUAACGAUGACAGUCGAUGGCUACAAACUUACAACAUGGGCUAUUAUUAUUAUAACAAUUUAGUCGCUAGAUUGCUAUAAUAAUAGUAACUGGUUGUAAUAAUAAAGUACUAUAAAUAUAAAACUUCAAUUUAUCACUAUAACAUUAUGGAAAAAAAUUAAAGCUAUAUUUAGUGAAUGAUUAUUGUAGACAAUUCAAUGUUUCUCAACCGGUGUACCUCAAUGAUAAUAAUAAACAUUUUUCGUAAAAAUAUUUAUUGGUUUUCAAUUAUAUGACGUGGCUCCCUUCGACAACUCUCGCGACGCCCCUGGGAGCUGCGACACACAGUUUGAAUAUCUCUGGCCUAGAUAGGUAUUAUUCUACUCUAUAUUAGAGAUGUAUUAUACAACAUUAUUAUUGUGAUAUAUAUAAUCGUUUUUAAUUAUAUUAAAUAUUAUUAAUACACAUUAUAAAAUAAGAUUUAGCAUAACUAUUUUUUUAUAAUUUAAAAAAAUAAUAAGCAUAAAAUUGUUAAGUUGUUAGGUAGUUAUAAUUUUUAAAUAUAAUAUAUGUGGAUGUUUCUUUAUUAAUUUAAUAUAAAUAUUAUAUCAAAUAUUAAAAUAUAUUAAAUACAUAUUUAUUUAUUCAACAUUUAUUAACAAAUUUAACUACCUAUUUGAAAAUUUAAGACAAACAUUUUGAUUUUUCCAUUUCAGUUAUUCUUGCUAAUUUUAAACAUAUAACAUAACAUAUCCAUUUUUAAAUAAAAUUAAACUCAUAAAAAUAAACAUAUUAUUUUAAGUUUUUUAAAAUAUGUUUAUUAACCACACAUUUAAAUUAUCAUUUUAUUUUAAUUCAACUAGGUGUACUCAUCAGUAAAUCUGUCCCUGUUUUUUAAUUUUUCUUUUUAAAUACCUAAAUUGAUUCUUUAUGUUGUAAUUAAAUUAUCAAAAUAUUUAAAAUACCUCUCAUCAUAGUAACUACUAACUUAUAUUCUGAUCAACUUCUAAUAUGAUAAUAUUUUAUGAUUAUUAUUUUUACAUUUAUUAAUUAAAAAAUAAAUCAAUAUUAAAAACAAAAAACAACUCAUAUUUUUGAAAUAUUAUAUACUUAAUUGCUGAUUACUAAUUGCUAUAAAUGAAUGUUAUUUAUUUGAAUUAAAAUCUUUACAUAAUCAUUUAAUUAUUUAAAUUAAUUUUACUAGAUAUCUAAUAAACAAAAUAAACAUUAUUUAAAAGUAAAUUUUAAUCCAUUAAAUAUUGAUGUGUCCUAUUACAACUAAUUCAUAAAUUAUUAUAAUUAUUUUUUAAUUAAAAAAUAAAAUCAGUUUUUUAAAAAAUGUAUAAAUCAUGUAUGCUCAAUUAAAAUUAUAUAAUACUCUAUAAUUUAUCUAAAAUAAAACACAUUUUAUCAGUAUCCAAUGGUAAUAACCACAUAUUAUAUGUAGGAUAUAAAAUAUUAAUGUCAUUCUGCUAUUCAGUCAUCUCGAUAAGCAAUAAACAUUAUUAAAUUAUUACAUACUCAGAAGUGUUUGUAACUUAUCCUUAUUCCUUACUAAAAAAAAAUUUAGAUUUUACAAUAUUUUAAUUUUAAAUAAAUUUAUAUUAUAAAGGUAUUAUGUUAUAUAAAAAAUUUUCUGUACACAAUAAUAUUUAUUGUAUUUUAGAUUUCUUUGAUAUCUGAUUUGUUAUUUUAAGAUGUUCAGGAAAAUAAUAUGACAAUCAGUUAUUCCUAUCUUUAAAAAAUAUCAAACCGUUUUUCAUUAUUUGAAAAAAAAUGAAUUCAUUAAAGCAGUAAUGUAAACAUUUCAGAGGUGAAAGGCUUAUACUUUUUUUUUAAAUGUUUGCAAAAAUUUCUUUUGAAAUAAACCUAUAGGUAUUUAAUAGUAAAUAUUACACUAUAUUACUAUAAUAUAUUAUAGAUUAUCUUAUUUAAGAAAAGAAAAGAAAUUAAAUCAUAGUUAUACAAAUUUAUAACAAAGUUAAUAUUUUUAAAAUUUCCUCUUUCCUUGUCCAAAUUAAAUUUUAUAGUAUCUAUUUAGAGAAUGAAUAUUGUUAUACUAUUAAAAAAUAUUUAAAUACAACUUAAUGUCUUAGUUUAUUCAUACAUGCAUUAUUUAUUAUAUAUCAUUAAGAAUCCAAAUAAAUGUGGUUAUUAUUAAGCCUAAUACCUGUCGCCUAUUUAAUAUUACAAACAAAUGUAUACUUAUAUAAAUAUUUAAUAUGUUUUUUAAAACCUAAUGUCUUUAAGGUUAUAUUAUAUAAAUGGUUAUUAAAUAACAUGUUUUACAUUAAAUACAUUAUUAAUAAUUGGUAAUUAUGUUAUAAAUUAUAAAUUUUAUAUUUUUAAAUGAUAAUCAAAGAAAAAAAAUUAUAUAUCUUUAAAAUUAAAAAUAAUUUUAGAAAUUGAAAUAUUAAGAACUAAAAGAAACAUAGAAAGUAUGGAAAAUUUUUACUUUAACUUGUUUCAUAACAAUUGUUAUUUGGUUAUAUGAAUGAAAAUUAAAAAAAAAAUUGCCUGUGUGUUAAAUUAUUAAAUGAUUUUUUUGGAUUUGAAAAGUUUUCAAGUUUCAAAAUGUUCCUUUCCAAAAUAGAACUUAGUGAUAACUGAAUGCUGAUAUAUAUGUAAUAAUUUUAAUUCUUAAGAAAUUUUAUGGGGCUUUAUUUGAGUCCUGAUUUUUGUAAUAAUAAAUAUUUAAAUUUGUUAGCUAUUAUAUAUAUUAAUCUAAUAAAAUAAUCAAUUACCUACCUCAUGUUAAACAAUUUUAAAUAUUUUAAAAUUCUGACAAAUUAAAUCAAUCAAGGAUUUUACUAUUUUAGUAACAUGUAAUUAUCACCGUAUUACUAAUAAUAUACUGUUUUUAGGAUUCAAAUACAAACAUUUUCAAUAAUAACUAUUGUCUUUGAUUAGAUUUUAUAUUUUUAUCAUUAUUCCAAUAAUUACUAUACACAAUUAAGAUUUGCUUUUUAGUCCUGUAACGUAUUUAUUUUAUGAUAUAUUUAUAACUGAACCAAUAAUAUAAGUUACCUAUAAUAAAAUGUAACUUUUAUUUUAAACAUUGUUUAAUUGAAUAUACUUCGGCCCACAAGAGACCACUUCUGGGCGGCGACCAAACUUCAUUCGUUCUUGCGCAUUCCACUACUUAACUCUCCAAAACACUAGCCGCCGUCAAUACAUGCUGCCAACAACGCUCUGCCUUCGCCUGCCUAUUUAUAUGUGCAAAGGAAUAGUGAUCUCUCGUGGGCAUAAGUAUAUUUUGUUAAUGAACAUAAUAAUUGUUGCGAUUUAAAAAUUAUUUUUAAAAUGCAUACUUCACUUAACUUUUAAAUGCAUAGUUUUAAAUUGUGUGAAAAAUAUAUUUAUGUUAAAAAAAAAAUUAAGUUAAAUAAAUAAAAGUAAAAUCAGUUAACAUCAAGAAA